AUGCCGAUGAUCGAAACAAACAGAAAACCAAAGCAAGAAACGAGCUGCAGAGGCCUCCCACUUGCUAUUGUGGUGAUUUCCGGACUUCUUGUACUCGACCCGACGAAAUAUGGGUGGAAGACAAUCACUACAAAUGUGAAUUCCGUCAUCUCUAAGAACGAUGAGCAGUUUGAUAAGAUACUAUCUCUGAGCUAUGCGCACUUGCCUCAUCAUCUGAAGCCAUGUUUCCUGUACAUGGCAUGUUUCCUCGAAUACUAUGAGAUGCGCACCUCAAAAGUCAUCAAGCUAUGGGUCGCUGAAGGAUUUCUAAAACCAAAGCGCUCCAAGAGCUUGGAACAAACAGCGGAAGAGUAUCUUGAAGAUCACGUCAAAAGAAGUAUAGUUCUUGUCACUGAGAGGAAGUCUAACGGCGGAAUCAAAAGUUUUAGCAUCCAUGAUCUCCUAAGGGAGAUGUGCAUCAGAAAAGCCCGCCAAGAGAAUUUUGUUCUGCAGUUUGGCGGGCUUACACAUGCACAAACGAAGAUUCCAUUCCCACACCGCGUGAGUGUCAUCCAUUCCAACCUAGAUUCCCUCCAAGGCUACACCGUCCGAACUAUAAUAUGUUUGGAGAAUAGCCAGAGGGGAAGAAAAUGCUCUGUACGAUAUUUUCGACUGCUGAGGAUUCUUGAUUUGAUCAAUGCUUAUGAAUGCUUCCACAAGAAUGAUAACUCAUAUCUCUAUUCUCUACCGGAUGAGCUUUUUGAGCUGUUCCAUUUGAGAUACUUUGCUUUCGACUACGCCUUCAAGAUUCCGGAGGUCAUAUCUAACCUUCAGAAUCUCCAGACACUGAUAAUUGGUCCGAGGAAAUACAAGGGAAAUUUUGUGGAGAUAUGGAGAAUGCCGCAGCAGCUGCCCGCUGAGAUUUGGGGCAUGCCGCAGUUAAGGAAGCUCGUGUUCUGUUCCGGUCUUCGGCUAUUUCAAAAGGGAGCGACGUUGGCUUUGCAAAAUCUGCAAACGCUUUCGCUAGCAGUAAAUUUCAGCUGCAGACCGGAGAUUCUGCAGAUGAUUCCGAAUUUGAAGAAACUAAGCCUUUAUUACACUCAGGGGGAGUAUCUCCACGCAGAGAUUAGAAAUGAAGAGUAG